UUUGAAGCUGAUUGGAAGGUGCCGCGAGUACUGAAGGUCACUAGGUGUCAUUGAAAGGUUAUUAAGGUGAUCCGUUGAUCUGGUGGCCUGCUUUUUUAAACGGAAUUUAGUCGCCUCUCUGUCACAUCAAGAUGCUGCCACGCUUUCUAAAACCCACCAUUACCGUCGCCCAGCAAGGUGCGAAAUGGUUGUCCACCAGUUCACAACAAAAUGCCAAGGUAGCCGUAAUGGGUGCCAGUGGUGGCAUCGGUCAACCGCUGUCCCUCUUACUAAAGCAAUCGCCUCUUGUCACCGAAUUAUCCCUUUAUGAUAUUGUUAAUACUCCUGGAGUUGCAGCUGAUCUCUCUCAUAUCGAUUCACCUGCUAAGGUCAAAGCUUUCAAUGGACCAGACCAAUUAAAAGAUUCACUAAAAGGUGUUCAGGUUGUCAUUAUUCCUGCUGGUGUCCCUCGUAAACCAGGAAUGACACGUGAUGAUCUUUUUAAUACGAAUGCCUCUAUUGUUCGUGAUCUUGCUGCAGCAAUAGCGGAAGUCUCACCUAAAGCCUUUGUAGCCAUUAUAUCAAAUCCUGUAAAUAGUACAGUACCUAUUGUCAGUGAAGUUUUCCAGAAAGCUGGUGUGUAUGAUCCAAAUAGAAUAUUUGGUGUUACUACUCUGGAUAUUGUCAGGGCCAACACAUUUAUUGCAGAAGCAAAGAGUCUCAAUCCUCAGCAAGUAUCAGUGCCAGUAAUUGGAGGCCACAGUGGUAUUACCAUAAUUCCUCUGAUUUCGCAAGCUACUCCCAGUGUAUCGUUCCCUGAAGAUAAGCUGAAAGCUCUUACUGGUAGGAUUCAGGAAGCUGGUACUGAAGUUGUCAAAGCAAAAGCUGGAACUGGUUCAGCAACAUUGUCUAUGGCCUAUGCUGGUGCUCGGUUUGGUUUCUCCUUGAUUAAAGCACUCAAUGGUGAAAAAAAUAUUAUUGAAUGCACAUAUGUUAGGUCUAAUGUUACCGAGGCAAAGUAUUUCUCAACUCCUAUAAUUCUUGGCAAAAAUGGAGUUGAAAAGAACUUGGGCCUGGGCAAACUGAGUGACUUUGAAUCCCAAUUGUUGAAAGCAGCCAUACCUGAGCUUAAGAAGAAUAUUCAAAAGGGAGAAGACUUUGUUAAUAAAAAAUAGUAAUACUAUGUUUCAACAUCUCCUAUGGAGAAGAGCAGAAUCCUGAAGAGUGGACAUACAUCAGAUAACGAUCCACGAUAAGAAAUCCCUUGAUUCGGUCCCUGUAUAGGCUCAGUUUAAAGCAACUAGACACAUUACAUUGAUGUAAUGUUUUGUAACAUACAAUUAAAAUUAUCUAUGUUGACCAAAUGAGAUUUUAGUCACUGUAUUGAAUUAAAACCAAUUCAUAAUUA